AUGAAGAUUGAGCUUGUGUUCAUACCUUCACCGGGAAUUGGUCAUCUCCGAUCAACCGUCGAGUUAGCCAAACAACUCGUCGGAAUUGACCACCGUCUUUCGAUCACCGUACUCAUCAUUCCUUAUCCUUCCCGAACCGACGCCAGUGAUUCCGCUUACAUCGAAUCCCUCUCCACGACGGAUUGCCUCCGGUACGAAACAAUCUCCGUCCCAGAUCAACCAACCGGAGAUCCAUUACCGACUCACGUCUACAUCGAGAAUCAAAAGCCACAGGUUAGAGACGCAAUCACGAAGCUCGUCGAUCGAAUCGACUCGCCGAAACUCGCCGGAUUCGUCGUCGACAUGUUCUGUACGUCGAUGAUAGAUCUAGCUAACGAGUUCGGUGUCCCGAGUUACUUGGUUUACACAUCGAACGCUACGUUUCUCGGAAUCACUUUACAUAUCCAGUCGAUGUACGACGAUGACAAGUAUGACGUCAGCGAGUUGGACGAGUCGGUCACUGAGUUGGAGUUUCCGUGUUUGACUCGUUCUUAUCCUGUGAAAUGUCUACCUUAUCUCUUCGUUUCAAAGGAGUGGUUACCUUUCUUUCUAACUCAAGCUAGAAACUUCAGAAAGAUGAAGGGUAUUUUGGUAAAUACAGUUGCUGAGCUUGAGCCACACGCUCUGAAGUUUUUCUCUGGUGGUGGUGAUGGUAAUGAUCUUCCUCGAGCUUAUCCGGUGGGGCCGGUGUUACAUCUCGAGAAUGAUGAUUCUGAUAAAGAGAAGCAAUCCGAGAUUCUGCGGUGGCUGGAUGAGCAACCGCAGAAUUCAGUUGUUUUCCUCUGUUUCGGAAGCAUGGGAGGUUUCAACGAGGAACAAACUAGAGAAAUCGCGGUCGCGCUUGAUCGAAGCGGACACCGGUUUCUCUGGUCACUCCGUCGUGCAUCGCCGAAUAUAAUGUUGGAGCGUCCUGGUGAUUUCACGAAUCUUGAGGAGGUUUUACCGGAAGGGUUUUUGGAUAGAACAUCGGAAAGAGGGAAGAUAAUCGGAUGGGCUCCACAAGUGGCGGUGUUAGCGAAACCGGCGAUAGGAGGAUUCGUCACUCAUUGCGGGUGGAACUCGAUGCUCGAGAGCUUAUGGUUUGGUGUUCCAAUGGCGACUUGGCCGCUCUACGCGGAGCAGAGAGUGAACGCGUUUGAAAUGGUGGAGGAGCUUGGAUUAGCGGUAGAGAUUCGGAAGUACUUCAAUGGAGAUCUUUUGGCCCGAGAAAUGGAGGUUGUUGCGGCGGAGGAUAUAGAGAGAGCCAUAAGGAGAUUGAUGGAGGAAGAGAGUGACGUUAGGAGUAGAGUCAAGGAGAUGGCUGAGAAAUGCCACGUGGCGUUAACGGACGGUGGAUCUUCCAAGGUGGCUUUGAGAAAGUUUAUUCAAGACGUGGCAGAGAACGUAGCGCCUUGA